CCUUGGAGAAUAACAACAGAAUUAUGAAAAGGAGAUGGAGUUAAUUGAACCGGAGUUGGCGAAUACCUAGCAGCAGAACUCAUAUUUGGAUCAAGUGGACUAACACGAUGCUCAAAAUCAGAUAGAGGAGAUGAAGGUCUGGGUGAAAACGAGACCUGCUCGUAUGUUGGGAAUAAGCGGGAAUAAUCUCUUGAUUGAUCUUCAACAUAUUCAACCUAAUAAAAAAAAUAAUGUUAUCAAUAUCUUACUCGUCAAAAAGAAUUUUCAAAUGUCACAUUUUACUCACGGUCAAAAAUAGUAAUCUGUUAUUAUUCAUCUUCUUUGGUUGUUCAAAUAUUCCUGAGUUAAUCGGGCUAUCAAUUGGCCAAGUUACCGAAGUGUCAGCAACUUUGCCAAUAUUAGACAUAUCAAAUGUGUCACCAGGGCCCCCCUCAGGAGGGCCCCUUGGAUCCAUUGUAUUUUAUAUGUUCCGUCAGUGAUAUUACGAUGUGUCACCUAUUUCAUAGAAAAAUAAAUAUCAGACAUGCUAUUACCUAUUUUUUUAGAAAGAAAAAAUGUACAAAGAAAUAUAUAAGACAUUUAGGCUUGAUUAACCACGAUUAUUUUGCAAUAUAUUCCAAAAUUUAAACGCAUGACAUAUUGACGAUAUCGAUCUAUAAUUAUUAACAGUAUGUUCUUAUCUUAUGUUGUGUAUUUUGUCACGCAGGAGUCUUACCAGCUUCAACAUAAAUAGAGUUUUAGAAUCAGAUGCACUUUCAGGCCUAAGAUGCACUUGCUGCAGCAGCACUGGCUUGACAACAAUUGACGCUAGCGGUUUCCAUGUUGGCAAUUAAGCUGCGUAGAAAUAGCGGGAAAAUUUCAAAUUAACUUGAGCUCUAAUAUAUGUUCUCAUUUUUAUCAAUAUCUAGACAAUAUAAAAUAAAUAUUAACAUGAAAUUUUAUUCACUUAUAAUCUGCCUCUAAAUCUAUUAUAUAUCUAUAUACAUCAAAUGGUUCGUUAAUGAAUUACUUAUAUUAGUUGUUAAUUCACGGAAUAGUAAAGCGAAAAGUAUCAUUAAAACAUGGUACAUCUCGACGAGGUAGAUAACCUCAUGAAUCAAAUGAUGAAGGUGCCAAUUUUUUCACAUUCUGAAAAACAUCGAUUAUUGAAAGACGAUAAUAAAGGCUUUCUUAAUCCUAAUUUAAUUAUGGACACGAGACAUAAAGUAAUUCGAGAUACAUCGUUCAAUCCUGAUGCGAAUUGUUCUGCUUUGACCGAGGCCAAAAGAUUGUUGAAAGAAGAGGAAAUUAAAGAAAUGUGCCUGAAGAAGGAACAAACUUUCCUCGAAAUGGAAUUAAGAAGAUUUGAGAAUGAACUUCAUAAAUCCCGCCCAAAAUUUCAACAUAAAUAUAGAUGCAAUAGGAAAAAUCUAGCCAAUUCAAACGACAAGGAUUUCUGGAGUAUAUCCAAUAGAAUAAAGAUGGACGUUAAAACAAUCGAUAGAUCAAAGGUACAAACUUUUGGAACGAGACGCAACCAAACGUCUAUCGAAGAAUUAUCUCCGAUAUUUGAAAAUUCUAAUACUGAUGAAAUCAAUAGAAAUAACGAAAAUGUAUCUUUCGGAAAUAUUAAAAUAACUAUCAAGGAUAAAAUUAAUUUCGAUUCAGAGGAAGAACGAUUGCAGUUAAUGAAAAAAUAUUUUGAAUUUUUAAAAAAUAAUUCAAUGGAAGAACGACGAUUUCGAGAUAUAAAAAUAAAAAUACAAGAAAAUAUGGCCUCCAGAAGAUUAAAAAGAUAUUUUCAAAAUUGGAAAACUUAUAUUGAAAAUAUAAAAAAUACUGCUAAAACAAAAUUGGAAUCGCAAAAUGUAUCCCACGAACGUAAAAUCGAAAUUUUCAUUAAUGAAAUUACGGAGAAACAAAAAGAAUUAGGAAAAAAUUCUAAGUCACAGACAAAAAAUAAUAUAUCUUUUAAAAAUCGGCAAGAAAGCGAAGAUAAAAAAAAAUUAACUCGUCAGAAAAAACAUUUUGCAUUUGAGUCUGUUGUACAAAAUCGUUUAAAUGCUCAGAAAGUUAUAAUAGAAAAGCAAAGAUCUAAAUUGGCUGAACAAAAUAGAAUUAUCGAGGAAUUUAAAUUGAAACAAAUUCAAGAAGAAUUAGUGAAAAUGGAUAAGGAAACUAUGAAUGCUGCUAAAGAAACUUUGAUGAAUUGUGGUCAAAAAACAAGAAGAACUUUAAUUCAAUUAAUGAGACAAGCUGGUCAUAGAGAUAAAUCUAUGACUACACCACAGCAAGCACCAAAUCCACCAAAAUUCAUUAUGAGAAUGGAAGCUCGAGCAGAGGCAAGAAAAGAACGAUUAAAAAAGGCGAAAGAAAUUCGUCGAAAAAAGUUAGAAGAACAGAAAUUAAAAGAAGAAGCAACUAAACGUGACGAAGAAGAGAAAAGAAAAAAGUUAUACCAAGAGGCCAUGCGAGAAACGAAAAAGCUACGUGAGGAACAAGAAAAAAGUCGAUUGCAAGAAUUGGAGAGAUUGAAAAAGUUAAAUACAAUGGCCAAUAAAUUCUAUUGCAAAUAUUUAUUUCGACAUUAUAUAAUAGGAUCGUUUAAGAAACUCAUAGAAAUAAGAAAUAACAAUAUUCAAAAAGCAAACGAUCAUUAUAGACAAUAUUUAUUAUUGCAAACUUUUACUGUUUGGAGAAGGAGAACAAAAGAACAGUACGAAGUUAAACUUGAACUUGCCAUUUCUUUAUAUGAUAGGAAUUUAUUAUGGUACACGUUUAAAGAUUGGACGGAUAUGGUAAAAGAACAAAAUAUAAAACAUCAAGUUGCUAAAGAUUUUUAUGAUAUGAAAUUGCAAGAGAAAUGUUUUCAUGCGCUAAGAUCAAUUGUUAAUCAAUUAAAAUUAGAAUAUUUAAAAAAUGUACAAAUGGCACAGGAAUAUUAUGAUAGUAAACUUAUGAAUAAAUAUUUUAACAAAUGGAGAGAUUAUCCUAUGAUAGCUGAAAUAGUUAAAGAAAGUGAAAAACAAAGGAACAAGUGGAGAAAAAUAGUACAAAAAAUAGUUCCUGAUUUUGAUCCUAAGGAGAGAGGAGUGGCAUUAGAGGAUUAAAAUAAUCAUGUAAUUAAUCUAAACACUAAAAAUAAUAUUUAUGAACUAUCUUAUACGUGGUGUUUAACAUUCUUUUAUCAUAAAAAAUAUGCUUACUGCUAUACGUUAACGAUAUGAUAGUUUCACAGAUAGAAUAAUCACUUUUAUACAAUAUAAAGUUCAAAGAUUUUAUAUAAAUUACAUAUUUUUGAUUUUAUAUUUCGUUUAAAAAGAGAUAAGUAAUUACCACAUAAUAAAUU